AUGGGCUCUGGCUCCACGGCAGUCGAUGCGGCCACGACGGGUGGAGCAUCCCCGGACCGGGUUCUCGUCGUGGGGUCCAUGGAGGCGGCCCAGUCGGGGCAGUACCAGAGCGUGGUGGAGAGGGCGGGCAUGGGCGGCCUGAAGCAGGUGGAGAUGUACAUGGUCGACCGUCUGACCGACGGCGCGACCGCGCUCGACGCCAACGUGUACCCCGCCAUCCAACUCGUGGUGCCCUUUGCGCAGGCGCAGUCGCCCGCCCUUCUCUCUAUCCUGUACAGCGCCUUGCGGCCGGGCGGAUCCAUUGCGCUGGCGCCGCUCCAAGAUGCGAUGCGGGACGAGGAUCCGGCGAGAGCAACAAAGGGCGCGUGGACCUUGGCAGGCUUCUCCAGCGUCGAUAUCGAUGAGGCCACCGGCCAAGUGGUGGGGACAAAGUCGAGCGCAAGCAGCAGCAGCAGCAGCAGCAGCAUCAGUAGUAACGGCGUCAAGAGCGGUGCUCUCCCACUUCGGAGAAAGCUUGCCAACCGAAAUGGUGGGGGAUUCUCGGCGAACGGGACAAGCGCAGAGAAGAAGAAGGCGCUGUGGGCGACAUCGCCCGCCACAACGUCGCUCAUCGACUCGGACUCGCUGUUGACAGAGGCAGACCACAUUGCGCCAAAGGCAACGAGGCGCGAAGACUGCGACCUUCCGUCGGCUCUCGCGGGCGGGCGCCGCCGCAAGGCGUGCAAAGGCUGCACCUGUGGCCUUCGCGAGCUCGAGGAGGAAGAGGACAAUGCACGGAUGAACAACAUCGUCCAGAUUGAUGCAGAUGACAUGGACAUGCCCAGCAACGACGGGCGGCCGAACCCGCCCGGCAGAAAGACGGAGGUGACCGAGACAAUGGUGGAUGAGAAUGGCGUGACAAGAGUCAUCAAGCGCAUCACCGUCGAUACCAACGGCAUGACGUCGAGCUGUGGCUCGUGCAGCCUCGGCGAUGCCUUCCGAUGCAGCAGCUGUCCCUACCUUGGCAUGCCUGCCUUCCAACCAGGCGAAAAGGUAGAGAUCCCCACCUCGAUGGACGACAGUCUCUGA